AUGAUAUUAGUUGCCAGACAAGGUGGCCAAGGAACCUGGAGCCUGCUGCUCUCGCUUCUGCUCUUUGCGUUCUGGGAGGCGGGGAGCGGCCAGCUACACUACUCAGUCCCUGAGGAAGCCAAACACGGCACCUUCGUGGGACACAUCGCGCAGGACCUGGGGCUGGAGCUGGCGGAGCUGGUGCCGCGCCUGUUCCGGGUGGCGUCCAAAAGCCGCUUGGACCUUCUGGAGGUGAAUCUGCAGAAUGGCAUUUUGUUCGUGAAUUCUCGGAUCGACCGGGAGGAGCUGUGCGGGCGGAGCGCGGAGUGCAGCAUCCACCUGGAGGUGAUCGUGGACAGGCCGAUGCAGGUUUUUCACGUGGAGGUGGAGGUGAAGGACAUUAACGACAACCCGCCAGUGUUCCCCGCGACACAAAAGAAUCUGUUUAUUUCCGAAACGAGGGCUCUUGACUCGCAUUUCUCACUAGAGGGCGCCUCGGAUGCAGACAUCGGAACCAACGCUCUGCUGACUUACAGAUUGAGCCCCAAUGAGUAUUUCUCCCUGAAAGUACCAACCAACGAUGAGCAGGUAAAACCACUUGAACUAGUAUUAAAAAAACCUUUAGACAGAGAAGUAGCUUCGGAGGUUCUCUUGGUGCUCAAAGCAACUGAUGGGGGCAAACCUGAGCUGACCGGCAUGGUGGAGAUACUUAUCACAGUGCUCGAUGUAAAUGACAAUGCCCCGGUGUUUGACAAAGCGGUCUAUCACGUAAAAUUACUGGAAAAUGCAAGAAACGGUACUCUAGUUAUUAGGCUUAACGCCUCGGAUUUGGAUGAGGGCGCAAACAGCCACAUUCUUUAUUUCUUUGAAACUGAUAUCUCCCCUAACAUAGAAGCCACUUUUCGCAUAGAUUCAGACAGUGGAGAAAUAAAAGUAAAUGGAAAAAUAGAUUUCGAGGAAACUAAAUUAUGGAAGAUUCAAAUAAAGGCCAUUGACAAAGGCAAUCCCCCAAUGUUUGGUCACUGCACGAUCUUAAUAGAAGUCUUGGACAUCAAUGAUAAUGCUCCAGAGUUAGUAAUAACAUCACUGUCGCUUGCUGUGCGAGAGGAUGCUCCACUGGGGACCGUCAUUGCCCUGAUUAGUGUCACUGACCCUGACUCCAGUGCCAACGGAUGGGUGACCUGCACCCUGACUCCCCAUGUCCCCUUCAAACUGGUGUCCACCUUCAAGAAUUACUAUUCGUUGGUGCUGGACAGCACCCUGGACCGCGAGAGCAUAUCCCACUAUGAGUUGGUGGUGACAGCGCGGGAUGGGGGUUCGCCUUCUCUAUCGGCCACAGCCAGCGUGUCCGUGGAAGUGGCCGACGUGAACGACAACGCGCCGGUGUUCCCGCAGCCCGAGUACACGGUGUUCGUGAAGGAGAACAACCCGCCGGGCUGCCACAUCUUCACAGUGUCCGCGCAGGACACAGACACUCAGGAGAACGCGCGGGUGUCGUACUCGCUGGUGGAGCGGCGGGUGGGCGAGCGUGCGCUGUCUAGCUACGUGUCGGUGCACGCGGAGAGCGGCAAGGUGUACGCGCUGCAGCCGCUGGACCACGAGGAGCUGGAGCUGCUGCGGUUCCAGGUGAGCGCGCGCGAUGCGGGCGUGCCCCCUCUGGGCAGCAACGUGACGCUGCAGGUGUUCGUGCUGGAUGAGAACGACAACGCUCCGGAGCUGCUGGCACCUCGUGCUGGCAGCAUGGUUGGCGCUGUGACGGAGGUGGUGUCGCGGUCCCUGGGCGCAGGCGACGUGGUGGCGAAGGUGCGCGCGGUGGACGCGGACUCUGGCUACAACGCGUGGCUGUCGUACGAGCUGCAGCCAGCAGCUGGAAGCGCCCGCAGCCCGUUCCGCGUGGGUCUGUACACCGGCGAGAUCAGCACGACUCGCGCCCUGGACGAAGCUGAUGUGCCGCGCCAGCGCCUGUUGGUGCUGGUGAAGGACCACGGUGAGCCAGCGCUGACCGCCACGGCCACCGUGCUGGUGUCGCUGGUGGAGAGCAAUCAGGCACCAAAGGUCUCUUCGCGGGCGUUGGCGAGCGCUGUGGGCCCAGAGGCGGCGCUGGUGGAUGUCAACGUGUACCUCAUCAUCGCCAUCUGCGCGGUGUCCAGCCUGCUGGUGCUCACGCUGCUGCUGUACACGGCGCUGCGGUGCUCAGCGCCGCCCAGCGAGGGCGCGUGCGGGCCGGGCAAGCCCAGCCUGGUGUGCUCCAGCGCGGUGGGGAGCUGGUCAUACUCGCAGCAGAGGGGCCAGAGGGUGUGCUCUGGAGAAGGUCCGCCCAAGGCCGACCUUAUGGCUUUUAGUCCUAGUGUUCCUCCAAGUUCAGGUUCUGGAGAUGGAGUCCAACAGGAGAUUUUCGAGACUGUAAGUACUGCAAUCCUGCGAUGUAUUUCCUGCCUAUUAAUGUCACUCACAUAG